AAAAGCCUACCAGCCCCGGGCGGCGGCGCAGAGCCGGCCCGGCGCACCAGGCAGCCAGUGCGGCCAUGACGGCGGAGAAGGCGCUGCCUCUGGGUAACGGGAAGGCUGCAGAGGAGGCGCGGGAGUCUGAGGCGCCAGGGGGCGGCGGGGGCGCAGCGGCCGUGCGGGUCCCGCGCGACAAGGCGGUGCACGAGCGCGGCCACUGGAACAACAAGGUGGAGUUCGUGCUGAGCGUGGCCGGGGAGAUUAUCGGGCUUGGUAACGUGUGGCGCUUCCCUUACCUGUGCUACAAGAACGGAGGAGGAGCAUUCCUGAUUCCCUAUGUGGUGUUUUUUAUUUGUUGUGGAAUUCCCGUGUUUUUCCUGGAAACGGCUCUGGGACAGUUCACGAGUGAAGGUGGCAUUACAUGUUGGAGAAAAAUUUGCCCUUUAUUUGAAGGCAUUGGUUAUGCAACACAGGUGAUCGAGGCCCAUCUAAAUAUAUAUUACAUUAUCAUCUUGGCAUGGGCCAUUUUCUACCUGUGCAACUGCUUCACCACCGAGCUCCCCUGGGCCACCUGUGGGCAUGAGUGGAACACAGAGAAAUGUGUGGAGUUCCAGAAACUGAACAUGAGCAACCACAGCCAUGUGUCCCUGCAGAAUGCCACCUCUCCCGUCAUGGAGUUUUGGGAGCGCCGGGUCCUGGCCAUCUCGGAUGGGAUUGAGCACAUUGGGAAUCUCCGCUGGGAGCUGGCCUUGUGUCUCCUGGCAGCCUGGACCAUCUGCUACUUCUGUAUCUGGAAGGGGACCAAGUCCACAGGAAAGGUUGUAUAUGUCACCGCAACAUUCCCCUACAUUAUGCUUCUGAUCCUCCUGAUCCGAGGGGUCACGUUGCCCGGGGCUUCCGAAGGCAUCAAGUUCUACCUGUACCCUGACCUCUCCCGGCUCUCUGACCCACAGGUCUGGGUAGAUGCUGGAACGCAGAUCUUUUUCUCCUAUGCCAUCUGCCUGGGUUGUCUGACUGCUCUGGGAAGUUAUAACAAUUACAACAACAACUGCUACAGGGACUGCAUCAUGCUCUGUUGUCUGAACAGCGGAACCAGCUUCGUGGCCGGCUUUGCCAUCUUCUCGGUCCUGGGCUUCAUGGCAUAUGAGCAGGGGGUACCUAUUGCCGAGGUGGCAGAGUCAGGCCCUGGCCUGGCCUUUAUUGCUUACCCCAAGGCUGUCACCAUGAUGCCUCUGUCCCCACUGUGGGCCACCUUGUUCUUCAUGAUGCUCAUCUUCCUGGGCCUGGACAGCCAGUUUGUGUGUGUGGAAAGCCUUGUGACUGCCGUGGUGGACAUGUACCCGAAGGUCUUCCGGAGGGGCUAUCGGCGGGAGCUGCUGAUCCUGGCCCUGUCGGUCGUCUCCUAUUUUCUGGGCCUCGUGAUGUUAACGGAGGGUGGCAUGUACAUCUUCCAGCUCUUUGACUCCUAUGCCGCCAGUGGGAUGUGCCUUCUCUUUGUGGCCAUCUUUGAGUGUGUCUGCAUCGGCUGGGUGUACGGAAGCAACCGCUUCUAUGACAACAUCGAAGACAUGAUUGGCUACCGGCCAUUGUCGCUCAUUAAAUGGUGCUGGAAGGUCGUGACCCCCGGGAUCUGUGCGAGCAUCUUCAUCUUCUUUCUGGUCAAGUACAAGCCCCUCAAGUAUAACAACGUCUACACCUACCCCGCCUGGGGCUACGGCAUAGGCUGGCUCAUGGCGCUGUCCUCCAUGCUCUGCAUCCCCCUCUGGAUCUUCAUCAAGCUGUGGAAGACAGAGGGGACGCUGCUCGAGAAAUUCCGGAAGUUGGUGAUCCCCAGUGCUGAUCUGAAAAUGAGAGGCAAGCUUGGGGCAGGCCCACGGACGGUGAUGGUUAAUGACUGUGACGCCAAACUCAAGGGCGAUGGGACCAUUGCCGCCAUCACAGAGAAGGAGACGCACUUCUGAGUGUCCACCUGCCACCUCGGAUGCCUCUGCUUCCUUCUCCUUCCCCGGGGGUAUGAGAGAGCACCUGAAAGCGUACUUCACCUAAUGAUAGAGGCUUGCUCGUUUUGCACAGGACUUAUUAACAAGUUAAUUUUAAGGUGGUUGUGUACACUGUUUUAAAGUCACAUUCCCCUCCUCGCCCCCAAUUAUCAUGUAAGUAACAUUACAAAGAGUUAAUACUGUACAGGGACUAGCGGAAUCUUGUGCUAGGACACUUUUAACCGGUGUUUUCUAGGGGUUAAGAAAAAAAAAUGUAUCAUAUGAUCAAAUUUUUAUACUCAGGCUGUGGGCGGGUGGGGUGGGAGCGAUGCCUGUCCUCCUGUCAGCCUUUUAUUCAGCCAGUCCAUGCCCCAUGUUUGUCCCUGCCCUUUGCUGCCCACCUCCUCACCACCUCCAGGAGUGGGGGGCUUUUCCUUCAAACCCUCCCUUACCCAUCCCCAACCUCUUAGCAGUGGGUUUGCAGACAGCAAGGCUGUGUCCCGAGAAGAAAAAGUCCCCUGGUCCUACUGAGUGGCUUGGGCACGCCCUUCCACUCCCUGGGCCGGUUUCCCUGUCUCCUAAAUGCGAGGGCUGGGCCAGGCGAUCCCCAGGUCCUUCCCUGCCUGGCAGCCUCUCUGGGGGAUUCUUGCUGAUGCCUUGCUGGCUUGCAGAUCUGCCAUUCAUCUUGGAUGCUUCUGAAGACUCUCAGGUAGUCAUCCUUGCACCCACCCUCAACCGGCUUGUUUUAAAUCAAGUUUAUCAUGGAAACAAUGUGGUGGUGAUGUGUGUUUUCCCCAAAACUCUAGUUUGAUUUCACCCGUGAGUGGUCUGUCCUCUGGAGACCAGCCAUGUUCUGACCCCUGUCGGGCUCCUCCUGCUCUGCCUCUCUCACCCUCAGCUCUGCCUCUCUCACCCUCAGCUCUGCCUCUCCACCGGAAGUGGCGCUGGCUGGGGUUGCCUGGGCGCUGGUUCUCAGGCUUAGGAAGCAGCCUCUAUUCUUCUUGCAGCUGCACAUCCGGCCGAUGUCCCAGCCAGGAAGGACCUGCACUGUAGGAUGUUCCCCCAGCCACUCAGGAGAAGGAGCUAUGGGGGCCUGGAGCCUGGUUUCAUCCUCCAGCCCCUGCCACAUCUUCUCCCCCUGGCUGUCCCAGGCAGGCCCUCCUCUCUCCUCUGCCAUCCUGAUACCUCCGUUCCUCCCCCUCCUUCCUGUCACCAGCAGAACCUUGGAACCUUGAGGAAGCUUCUUCCCCAUCCUUUUCUGGGGAGCCUUCCUGCAGCCUCUCUCCCAGGUGCUGAGAAGCCUCAGUGCUUACGAAGGGCAGCCUGGGCUCCCUGCCCCUCCUCUGUGCAGGCCCGGGCUCUGGGGGAAGCUGGCUCCUUCCAUAGCUCUCUGGAUGAUUGCUCUCCUUUUUCUUUAAUUGGAUUUUACAUCAAGCCUCUACCUUGGAUUCUGAGUUAUUUGGGGAAAGGGAAAGUGCAUUCUUCUUUCUUUUUUUUUUAAUCCUCACCCAAGGAU